GUCACAUUUAGCAUCAGGAAGAAGGCGAGACUGUCUCGGUAGAGUACAUGCAGCAGCAACAGUUUGUAACACGAACAACAGAAAUAUUUUAUGUACGAUACAUUGCCAAAGAAAAUGCUUAACUGCGCGACUCCUCACUUUCAUCAGCCUUGUAAUGGUCGGCUGAUUGAAGUGGGUAGAUGCCAGGGAGACAGCGAGGGGUGCUGGAACCACCCUACAGAGAGGGGAGACAUUGAGGCAGUGGAGGCACUGAUGUCCAUGAGCAGCGGCUGGAAGGCCAGGAGCACGAGGCACCGUGACCUCCGACCCCUCACGCCCUCCUCUGACACCUCCGAGGACGACUCACUUCCACCUGCCUCCGCAGAGUUCCAGGGGUUGCCUUUUUGCAUGACUCCACCCUGCAGCCCGCCAAACUUCGAGCCUGCGCACCCCGUCCAGGCCCCCUCAUGCCAGACCCAGCAGAUGAAGGAGGAGAUGGCUCCAUCUCCCAGCGCCCAGCCCAGGUCCCAAGCCACCAGCGUGAUCCGGCACACAGCGGAUUCCCUGCCCUGCACCUGUAGCACCUGUCCCACUGCGGGAGGGGUGGGGGAUGCCUGCGGGAAGCAGCUGCCCAGGCUCAGUGAAUGCCUGCCAAAAAUGUCCCCUGGCGGAGGCGCAGGAGCCGACCCCCAACCCCUGUCUGUCAGCCACUCAGUGCCAACUCCCACACCCUCCCCAGCCCCUGCCCCAGCUGGCUGGGCUGCCAGUUCCGCCCCCGCCGGGGUGCCCCCAGUGCCUAUCCUAUGUCAGAUGCUCCCAGCGCCGCAGCCCCCCCGUCCCAUGGUGACAGCCAUCCUGCCCGCCCCUGCGAACAGCGCCCAGGCCACAGUCUGCCAGCAGGUGGUCCUCAUGGGCGGUCAGGUCCCCAAGGGCUCGGUCAUGUUCCUGGUCCCCCAGCCGGUGGUUGCUAAGCAGCCUGUGGCCAUGACCCCGGCUGGCAGCAAGCUUCCCCCCAUUGCCCCGGCGCCGGGCUUUGUCCCCAUGGUUCAGAAGAGCACCCCGCCGUUGGCCGUGUCGCGGGUCCGCAGCCACGUCUGCCCCCACCCCAGCUGCGGGAAGACCUACUUCAAGAGCUCCCACCUCAAGGCCCACGCCAGGACGCACACAGGUGAGAAGCCAUUCCGCUGCAGCUGGGAGGGGUGUGAUAGGCGUUUUGCCCGUUCCGAUGAGCUAUCCCGCCACCGGCGCACCCACACCGGGGAGAAGCGCUUCGCCUGUCCCAUGUGCCAGAGCCGCUUCAUGCGCAGUGACCACCUGGCCAAGCACGCCCGCCGCCACCUGGCCGCCAAGAAGCUGCCCUGCUGGCAGAUGGAGGUCGGCCUCCUCAGGGACUUCGCCACAGUGUGCUCCAGGCCUGUGUCUUUGUCCUGAACCUCACCCCCCUUGUGAGGUCGGCCAGAGUUGCGCCCACUAUCCCUGUGGAAACUCCUGAAAAAGAACUGCUGUACCUUUUUAAAAAAGUGUCUCUUUCAGUGAGACUGCAGAGACUUUGCACACUUGUUCAGUUGCACUCGGAAAUCCUUAGGGGGUUUUUUGUUUUCACGGUUGGGUUCAUUCAACCUCCUGGGCUCAUUCGUAGCUUUUCUACUACAUUUGGGGAUAGUAUGGAGGGGAGUACAUUACCUUCUGCUGCUCUGAGUACAACUACCUGUUACAUUUAUGGGUUUUUAUUUUGUCGGACACAAGGGUGUCAUGUUUACACAGCUACUUAAGGCUACUUUUACUAUCUCAGCAUUAUUUUCUGUGCCAAACUCAGGGGUAAACCUGUUGGAAAAUGUUCCCACUUUUUAUCACAGCCUGUUCUAACUCCACAAAUCCAAAGAAGUCACAGUUUCCUGUCACACUAUUGCCAUGGUAAUGGAAAUGAGUAAUUAUGGGCUGCAUUCAAGCACACUCAUAGCCAUUUUCCAUUGUGGGGCUGGAAGCAGGUUGGCUAAUACUGGAACCAAAGUAUGUUGCCCUGAUAUGGCAUAGUUGCUCCCCCGUCACAUUAGACACAACCAGAGCUGUAGCGCAUGUGUUUAGAAAGUUGUGCAUGGUGGUGGGUGUUACUGCAAACCUGGGAAUUCUGUUGAAAUGGCAGAACAUUGGGUCAGUUGACAGCUACAGUGAGGGCUUGGUUUUACUUAUGCGGCCUGUCCACAGGGCAGCAUCAGUAACGUUGGCUGGUUGAGCUGACUCUGUUAGCUCUCAUUCUGAUCCAAAAACAAUGCAAUAUGAAACCACCCAGUUUGGCUCAGUUCUAGCUCUGCAAUGGAUAAGGGUGGGGGCUCUGGGCCUCUGUCGCCAGCAUUAUCCUGAAUACCAAAAACAUUUUUUAAAGAAAGGAUAGUUGAGCACCUGAUCACAUCUGUGACAAGUAGAAAAAGGCAUUGAUAGAGCUUGUCAAAACUGCAUUCACAUCAUCAUGCUGAUAUUCACAAUGAAGUGUUAAAUAUAGUUUCAUCCACAAUUUUCUGCACAAUUUUCUUUUAUUUAUUUUUGCUAUUGAAUUUUUUUGUAUUUUUGGUUGGAGUCUGGUGAGGGGAGUAUAUGUCUGUUACUGUGUGAACUGUGACCAAUAUUAAACGUUCUCAAAUUUGCCUGUGAACUUGUUGAGAAAUAUAUCUUCAUAGAUUACUUGUUAUAGUUUGUCCUUUUUGACAUCAGGUGGUUCAGGUUCCCUGCUAGAAACUACUGUAUUUUUUUUAAAUUUCAUUACAGUGGUUUGAAAAUUGUAACAAAGAAGAAAAAGACAAUUACUGUGGUUUGACCAAAUAGUAUCUUGAGGAAAUAUAUCAAGGAAAAGUGUGUAUCAUAACUGAUGUGUAUAAUAAUGGAAUUUGUUUUUUAUGUUGACAAUUUUGCACCAUACUUUACUGAUUUCAGACUUGUUUAUUAAGAUAAUAAAACUUUUUUGUAAGA